AAUGGCCAAGAGAUCAAGUUCUCCGAGCUCUUAUAAUGGGGACCGUGUCAUAGAUGUUCAUCAAGUAUUUCCUGAAGAAAAACAAGAAGGUAAUGAGGAAACUACAAGGAUAGGCCACAAGGUCGGGAAGCGAUUAAACCAGCCCAUUAAAUUCCGGGAGCCAUGGAGGCCUCAGAAGAGUUUCAGUCGACAGGUCUCGCUAGAGACGGGGUUCGCUGCGCUUAAGGAUGAUAGGCGGGUGCUUGCAAGGAGUGGUCGAAGCUUUGGAGGUUUCGCUUCAGAUACUAGAGUUGGUGGGGAUGGAAAGAAAGGAGACUUCAAUAUCUUCAGGACAAAAUCAGCUAUUCACAAGCAAAAUUCGAUGUUGCCUUUGAGAAAAGAAGGUGAGACGGAUUUUCAGAAGCCUGACAUAUCAGUAGACCUUGAUGAGUCUGUAAACAGAAGCGUUCCUGCGGGGAGAUAUUUUGCUGCCCUGAGAGGACCUGAACUCGACCAAGUCAAGGACUAUGAAGACAUUCUCCUCCCCAAAGAUGAGAAAUGGCCUUUCCUCCUCCGGUUCCCAAUCGGCUGUUUCGGUAUCUGUCUUGGCCUGAGCAGUCAAGCAAUCCUGUGGCGCAACCUGGCAACAAGCCCAGCUACAAAAUUCCUGCACAUUACUCCACUCAUCAACCUCUUCCUCUGGCUCCUGGCCCUUGCUGCCCUCCUCUCUGUCUCCAUCACAUAUGCGCUCAAGUGCGCAUUCUACUUUGAAGCUGUCCGGAGGGAAUACUUCCACCCAGUCCGUAUCAAUUUCUUCUUCGCCCCUUGGAUUGUAUGCAUGUUUCUUGCCAUUGGUGCACCACCCAGAUUAGCACCUGGACGACUGCACCCCGCCAUAUGGUGUGCCUUCAUGGCACCCAUAUUCCUUCUCGAACUCAAGAUCUAUGGCCAGUGGCUAUCAGGAGGCAAGAGGCGUCUCUGCAAAGUAGCAAAUCCAUCUUCACAUCUAUCAGUGGUCGGGAACUUCGUUGGUGCAAUCUUGGCCUCCAAGGUUGGGUGGCAGGAACCUGCUAAGUUCUUGUGGGCUGUAGGCUUCUCACAUUACCUUGUGGUUUUUGUGACAUUGUAUCAGAGGUUGCCAACAAGCGAGGCAUUGCCCAAGGAACUACACCCAGUUUAUUCCAUGUUUAUAGCAGCUCCUUCAGCAGCAAGCAUCGCAUGGGAGACUAUAUAUGGUGAGUUUGAUGGAUUGUCAAGGACUUGCUACUUCAUUGCAUUAUUUCUCUAUGUUUCUCUUGUGGUACGGCUCAAUUUCUUCUGGGGUUUCAGGUUUUCGGUGGCUUGGUGGUCUUAUACCUUCCCCAUGACAACCGCAUCAUUGGCAACUAUCAAGUAUGCAGAGCAGGUUCCCGGUCUCCUGAGUAAGGGCCUUGCACUUACUCUAUCAUUCAUGUCUUCAACAAUGGUGUCUGUGCUGUUCAUCUCCACUCUUCUUCAUGCCUUUGUUUGGCACUCUUUAUUUCCCAAUGACCUUGCCAUCGCCAUAACAAAGAAGAGGAAUUACACUGGUAAAGCUUAUGGAAAAGAGAAGAAGCCCUCCAAAAGGGCCUACGACAUAAGGCGCUGGACCAAGCAGAGUCCUCUAUCCUUGGUUUCUUCAAUCACCAAGCAGAAGGUGGCAAACAAAGAUUUCAAUGGAGAGGCAAAAGUCUAGGACAAAAUUACAUUAUGAUGGAGUAUGUUCUGUGUGUGAUUGUAUUGAGAGGACAAAGUCAUGUAAUACUUGUCAUGAUUCAUGAAUAUGGGUUUCAUGUAUAUUCCGCCAAAUUUUGAGCCAUAAACUGAUAGUCUAACACACAUAAUUCUACUGGA